CCCGGUCAAACACAGGCUUGAUUACGCAAAGGAGAAUGACAAGAAUAUUCGAUGUUUAGGUUACGAUAAUGUGAUCAUUAUGAGUGCCGUUGAACUGAAAGAUCAAGGGAACAAGUACUUUGCCUCCCGGAAUUACGACAGUGCAGCAUCAUGUUACACCAAAGCCAUUAUUAAAAGCCCAAACACACCAACAUUUUAUACAAACAGAUCAUUAUGUUACCUGAAACUGAAAAACUGGGAGGCGGCUAUCCAAGACUGCAGAAAGGCUUUAGACCUUGACAGGACAUCUGUGAAAGGACACUUCUUCUUAGGUCAGGCACUGGUGGAGAUGGGUCUCUAUGAUGAAGCAGCAACAAGCCUUAACAGAGCACAUGAACUUGCAAAAGAACAGAAAUUGAACUUUGGAGAUGAAAUCACUGGUGCCUUAAGGUUGGCAAAGAGAAAAAGAUGGAAUGUGAUAGAGAACAAGCGUAUUCAGAAAGAAAUUGAACUUCAGACAUAUCUAAAUCGUCUUGUAAAGGAGGAGGCUGAGAGACAAAGGAACACAGUACUAAACAGUACAGGAGAGGAAAACAUGGAGGAGAGAUUAUCAAAUGUGGAUGACGAACAUGAAAAAAGACUGAAAGAGAUAAAUGAUUUAUUUGCACAAGUAGAUGUACGGAGAAAGACGAGGGAUGUUCCUGACUACCUCUGUGGUAAAAUCAGCUUUGAGCUGAUGCGAGAACCUGUGAUAACACCUAGUGGAAUUACCUAUGACAAGAAAGAUAUUGUGGAACAUUUACAGAGAGUUGGCCAUUUUGACCCAGUCACCAGAGCGGACUUGAAACAGGAGCAACUGAUUCCUAACCUAGCAAUGAAGGAGGUCAUCGAUAUUUAUGUGGAGGAAAAUCCAUGGUCUGAAGAUUUCUGAAAACUUUCUCUCCACUUAUGAACGUAAUCAAAAAAAUUAAAUAUGACUCUGAUUCGCUGAUAAGAUGAUUGCUAUCUUAUUCGUUAAUAAUAUCUUUUGUUUUGUUAACAUUUUCAAAGUUGGGUGAGACGGGAGAAAAAAAUAGCAUACAUAUAGUUUUUUUUUCUUUUUCAAUUAAGAUAACUGUUUGGAAAUUCAUAUACAGUUGUGAUUUCAUAAUCCAGCCACAUUCUUUUCUCUAAAAGUAUAUAAAGGGACAGAUAUAAAGUGACCAGACAGGUUUCUAUAGAGACCUUUCAGAGAAAUUUCUAGAUAGUAGGACAACUGGAGUGUAGUAGUGGCUGGAUUAUGGAUCACUGACUGUAUAAAGUAGUAGACUCUGUUUACUCUGAAUGAUUUUUAGGACAAAAAUGUUUUAAAAUAAGAUUUUCUUAUUCAUGUUUAUACUAAAAUUAUAAGGUAUCGUUGUGCUAGUUGCUUAAAACAACUUGGGGAGGUUGACAUUUUUUGUCUCAGUGGGGAUCAAAGGAUGGUUGACACUUGUCACAGAAUGCUUUGUCAAUGACGAAAUGGCAGGGAUUUACGUGAAAUCAAAUACAGCAGUCUUCCUGGAUUUUACCUCUUACGUCCUACCCUCAGGGGAUCUUUGUUUGUCAUGAUCUGAUUUUUAAGGACUAGAAUUUAAUUGAAGUUUAUGGGGAAAAUUCAUUGCAGCAUUUACGGUCAAACCUGUCUAUAAAGACCACUCAAGGGAACGGAGAAAAGAAGCCUUUAUAAGCAAGUGGUCUUUACAUAGAGGUUCAAUUACUAUGAGUGGCAUGACAUAGGAAACCAAAAUAAAGCAACCUUUAUAGAAAGGUGGACUUUAUAGAAUGGUGGUCUUUGUAUAAAUGUGGACUUGGCAUAAAGGUAGACUUGGUAUAAAGAUGGACUUUGUAUAAAGGUAGACUUUGUAUAAAGGUGGACUUUGUAUAAAGGUGGACUUUGUAUAAAGGAAGACUUUGUAUAGAGGUGGACUUUGUAUAAAGGUGGACUUUGUAUAAAGAUGGACUUUGCAUAAAGGUAGACUUUGUAUAAAGGUAGACUUUGUAUAAAGAUGGACUUUGUAUAAAGGUAGACUUUGUAUAAAGGUAGACUUUGUAUAAAGAUGGACUUUGUAUCAAGAUGGCCUUUAAGACAAGUUUGACUGUACCUAGUAAGCAAAAACAGGGAACGGGGAUGUGUGUUUAUUUAUUCAUUGUAAACUAAACAAUUUGUUUCACUGCUUUAAUAUGACAGUUUUAUAUGGAUGUUAAUUAUUCUCAGAUAAUCUAGAUUAUUGUUUAACUGAAUUUACAAAAGAUAUAUGAGCUCAAAGAUCACUUUUGAGUUUGAAAUUACGCCUUGUAUAUAUCUGACUGUAUGGUCACUUACUGAAAUCAAAGCAGUGAUAUACAGACAUUGUGUCACAAUUUUUAUGAAACACAAUAUCUAAACCACAUUGUUAGAUGAUUAUUAAGUACUGUAUUAUAAUAUUAAUUGAUUCACAAAUUAUUUGCAUAACUGCAUUGCUUUCAUUGUAAUAUUUGGAAAGUCAUAUUGUGUUUUGAAAUUGAUGAUAGUGAAUUGGGAAUUGUAAUGAAGUUUCACUGGAAGUGCAGAUCUUCCUUUGAAUGUUUAGAAUACUUAGAGCAAAGCAGAGAAAGGAAAUGGGUGGGCUGGGGAGGUAGAACUGAAUAUUAUUAGAAUUUUUUUUAAAGCGGUCCAUAUUAUAAUUGUGCAGGUCACAAGUUGUCCACCCGCCCCCUCUAGCCCAAUUCUUUCUCUUCAUUAGUCUCCUGUCGUCACAAUCCCAACCUCAGCCCAAGCCCAACUCCCUAUUCCAGUUUAUAUGUACAUCUUGAAUUUUCCCUCCUAUAGCCUUUUUCCUGAACAGGCCAAAUUGUGAUGAUGAAGUGUCAACUGUUACUGUGGCAGGAAAUAAGACUCAAGAAAUGGUCUUAUGUGCAAAUACUGACUUGUAGAACAGGUGGGGAGGAGGGAGUUAAUUGAUUGGCUAGGAGAGAUGUCAAUCAGAUAGAUGUAGUUGAUAAGUUAUAGGUGGGAGAGGGAGGGGAGGAUAGAAGGAUUUUCAAAGAUGCUGCAACUUCCUGCAAAAAAAUGUGUAUGGGUAGUAGAGAUCACAGAAUUUAACCUCUCUAAUAUUUAUAUUUUAAAUAUAAUCUGUCAUUAAUUUCAAUUAUUUGGAGGUGUGAUGUAUUAAAUAAUAAAGUAAUAGUGUUUUAAUAUCAUAUAAGAUUGAAGACUUAUACGGUGUAUUUUUUUUGGUGAUAUUAUAUGGUGGAUGUUUAUCAUUAUUUUAUGUAUCAAUAUAUUUUGUCUCGAUAGUCUUUUCAAACUGCCAAAAGCGAUGAUAGCAUUUACACAACCUUUCUCAAAUUUAGUGUCAAGUGUUAAUACUCCUCUUUACAUGGAUGUUGAAGAUUUGUUUGCUGAACUGGUCAACAGGUUUGGGGAAAUGAAAUGGUAUAAAUCAAACACCAUUUUUGUUUAAAAAAUUUGAACAACAAAUCAUUUUAAAAUAAAUUUCGCUCUUAAUAUAUUAAAUCUAAUGUCUUUUUUGUUUGAAAAUCUCUGACAGCAAAUCAUUUUUAUAUAAAUUUUGCUUUAAAUGCGUUAUGCUUCAUUUAUCAAGACUAACCUAAAGCAUAUGAGUACAGAUAUUAAAUUAGGCCUAGAAUCAUUUCAUCAUUUUUUUUUUUUUUUUUUGUAUUUUCCACUUUGCAGUCUGACAUUUUAUGGGAAAUCAUUGAAAGCCAUCCUUAGAGAAUGGGUUGGUGAUGUGAGAAGUUACUAUGAAUGUAAUGACAUCAUUAUUAUGAUGUCACUCUCUGGGAUGUGCUAUGUACUUGCUUCAUCCAGUACUGAAGCAAACUUAAGCUUCGUUGGAUUGGAGCAACUUACAACUGAAUGGUUUGGAAUGCUUUAAUGUUGAGAGAUGUAUUUAUUGGUGCAUACCCUAGUAGGGCCAUGAUAUCACUGUUAGAACGAUGGCCUAUGUAACCACUAGUGAUGAUCUGAAGUGCGUGGCUCACUACCUGUGACUUUUUGUGUUUCUCAUGAGAAACAGAUGUCUGUGCUAACUAGGUUAUGUCCUAUGGCACUUUACCCUGAUUGUUUUUAAUGGUAUGGGACGAGCCUUACAAGAUGGCUCCACCUCAACGUUAUCCUAGCUGUUAACAUGCGAUAAACCCAGAUAACAAAGUUAUUCUGGAUUGUCAUGAGUGAUGGAGUCUGUGGUACAUACUUAUCCUGCUGUGAUAUUUCAGCAUCAGAUAAUGAUAAGAUAUGACCGAGACAAAAUUUGAUUAUUUUCAUCACCUAAAAUUGCUAAAUUUCUGCUAUUUACUGUUUUAUAGAUAUUUCAUGGUGUGUACAAAAUAAACAAAAUUGCUCCUGAUAUAGGAUAGAAAAAGUUUUAUCUAGAUGUAAGAUAUGAUCGUCCUGAGAGAACAUCACCAACAGGAGACUGAAAUUUUUCAUUGAAUCUGGUCAUUUUGAUUUGAAUCUGGUGAAGAAUGUGACCUGCUUUGUUCACUGGCGGACAAAUACAGUGAGACCAGACAAAAUUCAGUCAAUAGGAAAUAUUGCUGGAAAAAUUUGAUAAUAUUUUAAAGCAAUUGAUAUUUAAAUCUGUUUUUAUUGGUUUGAAAGUUUUUGAGUAAAUAAUUAUUGCUGGUUUGAAUGUUAAGCGUGUGUUAUUUUUUUUCAUUUCUUAUUAGUAAGUUAUCUAAUUGAACUUUGUUGUUGUUGAUGAAUUUCAGACUUGAGAAAAGUUUAAAUGAAAAAUGUAAAAGGAAAUUUAAGGAGUAUUGAUUUUGGUCUCACAAAUGCUGUGAAACCAAACGAGUUCCUAUAUCACAGGUCAUAGGAACGGCAAGGUUUUACUCAUAAAUGUAUGCGUGGAGAUAAAGAUGAGACAGAAAGAUGAGACAGGAAGAUUCAGUGGAUACUGUUUACAGGGAAACAUUUACUGUAGAUUUCAUGUUUUUGCCAAUUAGGUAAAAAAAUGUCAACGAUGGACUUAAAAUUUGUAGCAAAAUAUGUUUUACAUAUCUUAGGAUAAAUUUAUGACUGGAUGAAAAAACCACCAGGCGAUUGUUUUUCUGUACAUAUGAAUUUUUAUGUAAAGGCAUUGUCAAAGUCAUUAAGAAAUUUACAAAUUAUGAUACAACCAUAUGUAAGGACUUUUGAUACCAUUCGUAAGCGCUGCAGGAUUGAAUUAUUGUGUGGCAUUGUCAUGGUGAUGGGUGCUUUUAUUUGUUGUUAACAAGUCCGAAACUGUGUGUAUUCAGGAAACUGCCAUGUUGUGAAGUAGACAAGUGCUGCCACUGAAGAAUGAAAGGACUUAGUUGUUUGUAUCAUUAUAUUCAAUAUGUCAGGUGAAUAAAUGGGUUGUGUACCCUCUGUAAAAAGUAUGUGGUAUCUACAACUAAUUUGAAAACAGACCAAUGAGAAACUUCACAGCCAUAUUUAAUGAUAAACCUUAGGAGAAAUCAGAAAAAUGUUUCAGGAUACUAUGGAAAAUAACAGGAUUAAAAAGAAAUGGCCAAAAUUCUGUAGUCUAGACACAGGCAGAACAAUAUUUUUAAUGAUCUGUAAUUUUGUAGGAAGUAAUGCUGUUACUAUUAUUUUUACUGUUCACAAACUUUUAAAAGAGAAAAGAUCUUGAUGCCAGAGAUUAGAUAAUUAAGAAAUAACACAGGGUAUUGAUGGUUUUACAAUGUGAUUGGAAUUAUUUUUAUCCACUGGUGGAAUUUCACCCAGGUCCCAGUUACUCAAAGCAUGGUUAGUGAAAAGAUAUUGAUGAAAUGACAGUAGGAACAUACUUCAUCACAGCUGUGAAUUUUUUGGAUAGAUUAGAUUGAUAUUUUUGAGUAUUGAUUUUCCUCUGAAUGUCCACUGAGGCACGACUGACCGGUUAACUGCAACCAAACUUUGAGAAACUGGAAUCAAAUGGUCAGUUUAUUCAGAUGUACAUCAGCCAAGACUGCUAUGCCUUAACUUCUUUGCUAUACAUCACUCUGUCAUGUUAGGUUUCCCCUUGUAAACAAAGUGCAUUGUACAAACUGUAUCCUAUAAAUGUUCAGUGAAAACAAUUAGUACAGUCUGUAUUUACCUUUGAUUUUUGUCUCGAGAGAUUUUUAUCUUUUAUAUGGAAGUUGUGUGUGUCAGUUUUGUAAUAUUAAUUGUCAACCUGUAAAAUUAAAAGUGAAAUUAUGUA